AUGGAGGUUUUUGUACUCACGGAGUUGAUGGCCAGAGGCGGUCGUCACUUUUGCAGAAUAGAAGAUAAAGGAAGAUACGGGAACUUUUAUUUUGUUGUAAUGACUCUUGCUGGCAAGUCACUGAAUGAACUGCGGAAGGCACGUAAUCCUCAGUGUCUCAGCCUGGCUUGUGCUAUUUCUGUAGGCAUACAAUGCUUAGAAGCUAUAGAAGAUCUUCAUGGAAUCGGUUAUCUUCAUCGUGACGUUAAACCGGGCAAUUAUACUAUAGGACGACCAGAACUGCAAGAGUUGCGCAAAAUUUACAUCCUUGAUUUCGGACUGUGCAGAAAAUACACGAACGAUGAGGGAAUAAUCCGGAAACCUCGAUCAGUAGCUAAAUUUCGUGGCACGGUUCGUUACGCUCCUCUUUCGUGUCAUAUGAAAACGGAGUUCUGCAGAAAAGACGACGUAGAAACUUGGAUAUAUCAACAAGUAGAGCUCACAGUUGGAAGAGUUCCUUGGAAAGAAAUAAAAGAUGAGAAACAGGUUGGCGAGUACAAGAAGAAGUGUCGAAACCCACCAGCGCUGCAGGAGCUUUUCGCCAAACCAUGUCCAAAGGAAUACAUAGAGAUAUUUCAGCUUGUCGAUUCGUACAAAUACUAUGACCAGCCUGACUACCACCAAAUCUAUUCCCUUAUGCGGAGAGCUCUACAGAACUGCGGGCAACCAGAGUUUCCGUACGAUUGGGAACAAUAA